GUACGCUUUCCCCGCUUUGUGACGCGAUUAUUUCUGCGUUAAAUGCUAGACGUGAAAAAUCGAGCAAUCAGUACGUGUCUCAAGUGUAAUUAACGCAGAUCUGUGAAUCGAGAAAGUGAUAUUUCGUUUUAUUAGCCAAACUGCAGCUCAUCUCAACGCAGCCGAGAGAGUAAGUACACUUCUGAUUACGUUUAAGGGUUGAUUUAUAAUAUUGAACUCUUCUGUUUAUUUAUUAAAAAUAUUUUAUUUAGUUCGAAAUUGGAUUCUAGAUUCAUUUGCAUUUUUAACUAAUUUUUAUUAAACGUGAAAUGUUUCUUGCUCAUUUCUAAAGGACAAGGAUUGAUAAGACUUAGUUUUGAAGAAGUGAUAAGCAAUUUAAAAAAUAAGUGGGAAGUUAUAGAUUUUUGUGUUGAAUUAUUUGGUGAAAUUUUUUGUGAAUUUGGAGGCGACUUUUGAAUCUUCUCUCUUCUCUUUAUAUUUUAUUAAAUGAUUUGAAUAAAAAAAAGUAAUUCUGUACAUUUUUGGAAUAUCCACAAUUUUCGUAGAUAAUUAUUAUAACUAAAACCAUUAAUUAUUAUAAUUGUAUUUGGAACAUUAAUCACUAUUAUAAUACUUUAUUUAUAAUCGUAUUAAGAAAAAUUCCAUGAAUCAAUCGACCUCGUAAAUUAUGCAACUUUUAACGAAAAUUGUUUAACUCGAGCGUUGCAGGAUUCCUUACUAAAAACAACAAAGGCAUGUAUAUUACAUAAUCCACAUCGAUUGUGCGUUACUUAUGAUUUCUUAAUUAUUUGAUUAUUUAAAAAGAAUACACAAUUGUUAAAGUCAAAACGUUUCCCAUAGGAGACACGUGAGAAGACGUCUGAAAGCUCGAGUAGCUCAACGAAUACAAAAUUGGUAAUUAAAAAUUAAUUAAUAUUCUACUGCAUUUCUAAGAAAAACUUUCCAUUUCUAAAAAAAGUUAGGCUUGUUAUUAAAACUGAUUGAACAUCGUGAAAUUAAUAUGAAAUAAAUUACACUUUAACAUUUUUUUUAGUUCUGUUAAAGGACGUAAUAAUCAAACGUAAUUUUCCUGUUUUAAUUUCACGCAGAGGAAAAUUAAUCGACUAUCAUAGAAAGAUGGAUGCUGGUAGGGCAUCAGCUACGCGCAUAGCAGCGGCUUACGGGCCAGAGCUAAGUUUCCUACUGUUGCUCCGGAUGUUGAUCGGGAUGCAUAGGUCGGACAUCAUCGAUCAAGAGAACAGGGUGAAACCGAUCGAUAUGACGGGCCUUCAGAAUAAUUACGAUUUCAUAAUAAUCGGUGGCGGCUCGGCCGGCUCGGUGCUGGCUAAUCGCCUGUCGGAGAAUGAAAAUUGGUCGGUGCUACUGUUGGAAGCCGGUAGCGACGAACCGGACCUCUCCGACGUACCGAUGCUGUUUCCGAUUUUACAAUUGAGCCCAGUGGACUGGCAGUUCAAGACGAAUCGGUCCGAGAAUUAUUGCAAGGCCAUGAACGACAAUAGGUGCAACUGGCCUCGAGGCAAGGUACUCGGGGGAAGCAGCGUACUGAAUGCGAUGCUGUACGUCCGUGGAAAUAAAAAGGACUACGACAAUUGGGAGAGACUUGGGAACCCAAAUUGGGAUUACGAAAGCGUGUUACCGUAUUUCAAAAAAUCCGAGGACAUGAGAAUCGAGGAAUACCGAGAUUCGAUCUAUCACGGGACCGGUGGUCACCUGUCGGUCGAGAAAUUUAAUUACUAUUCACCCAUAACAGAUUACAUAAUAAAAGCAGGAACAGAGAUGGGAUACGACGUCGUAGACGUGAACGGACCUAAACAAACCGGAUUCACUCUGUCCCAUGGGACUCUCAAGAAUGGACUCCGGUGUAGCACCGCGAAGGGUUACCUUCGGCCGAUUUCGAAAAGAAAAAAUCUUCACAUCAGUACCGGGUCGUUCGUCGAAAAGAUUUUAAUAUCAGAAGGCAAGUACAGUUAACACUUCAUCGACUGCUAGCCUACUUUUCGGCUUUUCGAUUGCCAACGCUUAUCGACCGCUAGCCUAUUAAUCAACUUUUAGCUAUCAAUGGUUUUCGUACAGUGGAUUGUUGUUGUUUUAGUUUUUAUAAUUAUGCGACGUUAACGUUGUUGAUUUAAUGUUUUCGCAGUAGCUGUAUAUUAACCACUCCAUAUCUUUAUCAAUUAUAAUAUUCUUUUACCGUUUCUA